GUAUUUGCAUUAUGCUGCUUGUAAUUGGGGGAAAUGCAAAGGUAUCAUGCUGGUAGCUGCACUAGUGCAGUUAAUAACAGUGGGCCAUCCAUUGGAAGAACCGAUUCUUCUUCAUCUUCUUCAGCUAACUUUCCUCUCACUUCCAGGCGACAACCACCAUUAACCCCAUUCAAGUUGAAGUGUGACAAAGAACCUCUGAACUCUAGGCUUGGCCCCCCAGACUAUAACCCCCAAACACCAAAUUGUCCUGAAGAGACUCUUACCAGAGAAUAUUUGCAAUCUGGAUAUAGGGACACAGUUGAGGGGCUUGAGGAAUCUAGAGAAAUUUCUCUCACCCAGGUUCCAACUUUUAACAAGACAGUUGUCCUUAGUUGCAAAGAGGUGACUCCCUGGUCUUUGUGUGAGGUACCACCCAUCAAUGGUUCAUACUUACAAUCAUGGUUAGGCUUAGCAAUUGGAGAAGACAUGGAACUUAAACCUAUUUGUCGGACUGUUGACAUCAGGCGACACCCAGAAACAGACCAAACCGUAAGACCCCUUAGUUUCCACCCAACUGCAAAACGUCAGUUACAGGAAAAGCAAUUGCUUGAGAUUUGGCAGCUGCUAUUGCCUAUUGUAUAUGGCUUUUUAGAAAGUGUUGUUCUAUCUCAAACAUAUGUUCGCACACUUGCUGGUGUAGCUCUUCGUAUUAUCCGUGAUCCUGCUCCUGGUGGAUCAGAUCUAGUAGACAAUUCCCGGAGGGCUUAUACAACGUCUGCUCUGAUUGAGAUGCUCCGGUAUUUAAUACUUGCGGCUCCAGAUACUUUUGUUGCUUUGGAUUUCUUUCCUUUGCCAUCUUCUGUAGUUUCACAUACACUAAAUGAUGGGAAUUUGGUACUUAAGGCAACUGAAGCUGCAGGAAAGAUAAAAAAUAGUUCAGAAGACGUGUGUUUAUUUAGAAGUAAAGGGUUUGAUGCACAAUACCAAUCAUUGGCAUUUGAUCAUGUUAUUUCGUGCAUUCAAGAAUGUGUAGAAGAUCUCACAAAGGCUGUAAGCCCAGGCUAUCCUGGUCAAUAUCUGGCUAAAGCUGCACAAGCCUUGGAUAAAUCCCUUGUACUUGGUGAUAUACAUGCUGCCUACAAAUUUCUUUUUGAAGACCUUUGUGAUGAAACUGCAUCUGAAGUUUGGGUUGCAAAAGUCAGCCAUUGCUUAAGGUUAUCACUGAAGUGGUUUUUGACUGUAAAUACAUCACUUAUUUGUUCAGUGUUUUUCUUGUGUGAGUGGGCAACAUGUGAUUUCAGGGAUUUUCGGACUGCUCCUCCUUGUGAUGUAAAGUUCACAGGCAGGAAAGAUCUUUCCCAAGUGCAAAUAGCAAUUAGACUUUUAAAGAUUAAGCUGAGGGAUAUGCAGAUUUCACCAAGACAAAAGAGUGGAAGCACUCGUGGUCAUGGAGUCAGUUAUUUAGCAAAAUGUUCAAGUCAGCAGAGUAAUCGGAAUUUUGUGGACAAUGUAUCCAAAAUAAAAUCUGGUUCAAGAAAUAUGGAACAGAAUAUCCGUUCUUCGGCUAUAUUUGAAAGCCCAGGUCCUCUACAUGAUAUUAUAGUUUGUUGGAUUGAUCAACAUAUGGUGCAUAAAGGGGAAGGCCUCAAACGCCUACAUCUAUUUAUAGUGGAACUCAUACGGGCAGGCAUAUUUUAUCCACUGGCAUAUGUACGCCAGCUUAUAGUGAGUGGGAUCAUGGAUACAAAUGUAAAUAUGGUUGACUUGGAGAGACAGAAGAGACAUUGCCGAAUCCUGAAGCAGCUUCCUGGGAAGUUUGUGCGUGAUGCUUUGGUAGAAUCAGGGAUUAGUGAAGGGACACGGCUCACUGAAGCAUUACAAGUUUACUUGAAUGAACGCCGCCUCAUACUCCGUGGUUCCUUAUGGGAGAAUCACGGCAAUGUCAGUAAUGCAAAUAUAUGUUCUCUCAAACAAAAAAACUGUACAUCUUCAACAAAAGACAGAGCUUCUAUGGUGUCAAUUGAUCAAUGGAAAAGUGUUAUUUCUAGUAAAAUAUCCUCUAAAAAUGCAAAGGAUGACAAUAAUGUUGAAGAACUGAAGACAUUCAUCUCAACACUGUUACAGAUACCAAAAAGUUUUUCUAAUUUGAACACUACAGGUUUGGAUGAAUCUCAAGGCAGUGGCAGAAAACCUAUUGGGUCUCAAAGCAAGGUUGAUGUAGUGGAGGCUACACCUGGGUGUGAAGAAUGUAGAAAAGCAAAGAGACAAAAAUUGAGCGAGGAAAGAAGUCCAUUUGUUCAAGCUCCUUCUCCAGUUUUGUCUGAUGAUGAAGAUACAUGGUGGGUGAAGAAGGGGCUAAAAUCCUUGGAGCCUCUCAAAGUUGAUCAACCACUUAAGCCUACCAAGCAGGUUACUAAGAAUCGGCAAAAGACUGUGCGGAAAACCCAGAGUCUUGCUCAACUGGCAGCUUCUAGAAUUGAAGGUAGCCAAGGGGCAUCAACAAGUCAUGUAUGUGACAAUAAGGUUAGCUGUCCUCACCAUAGAACUGCUAUGGAUGUAGAUACAGCAAGGUCUGUUGAUGGAAUUCGAUCAACUCACUGUGAGGACAUUGUUUCAAUUGGAAGGGCACUAAAACAUCUGCGCUUUGCUGAGAGAAAGGAAAUAUCACUUUGGCUGAUGACUGUAGUUAGGCAGCUUAUUGAAGAGAAUGAAAAAAAUGUUGGUAAAGUUAACCAAUUUGGCAGGCCUUUUGCCACUGUGGAUGAUAAAAGUUCAAUUAGGUGGAAACUUGGUGAGGAUGAAGUUUCUGCUUUACUUUAUCUGAUGGAUGUCUCAGAUGAUUUAGUACCCGCUGUCAAAUUCCUCUUAUGGUUGCUUCCAAAGGCUUAUAGUAGCCCUAAUUCUACAAUUCAUAGUGGAAGAAAUGUUUUAAUGCUGCCAAGGAAUGUGGAGAACCAAGCUUGUGAUGUUGGCGAGGCUUUUCUAUUAUCAUCGCUGAGAAGAUAUGAGAACAUUCUUGCUACAGCAGAUCUUAUUCCUGAAGCUCUGUCUUCUAUAAUGCAUCGUGCUGCAGCUAUUAUAGCAUCUAAUGGGAGGGUUUCAGGCUCAGUUGCCCUAGCUUUUGCCCGCUAUUUAUUAAAAAAAUAUGGCAAUGUUGUCAGUGUCGUUGAGUGGGAGAGAAAUUUUAAGAAUACAUGUGACAAGAGACUUGCUUCUGAACUAGAGUCUGGGCGAUUAGUUGAUGGAGAGUUAGGGCUUCCACUUGGUAUUCCUGAUGGCGUUGAGGAUCCUGAUGACUUUUUCCGUCAAAAGAUAACUGGUGGCCGGUUACCGUCCAGAGUAGGUUCAGGCAUGAGAGAUGUUGUACAGCGUAAUGUGGAAGAAGCAUUUCACUAUCUUUUUGGGAAAGACCGAAAGCUCUUUGCUGCUGGUACACCAAAAGGUCCUGCUUUUGAAAGAUGGGAUAAUGGAUAUCAAAUUGCUCAACAAAUAGUUAUGGGUCUAAUAGAUUGCUUAAGGCAGACUGGUGGUGCUGCUCAAGAAGGGGAUCCUUCUUUGGUUACUUCUGCUGUUUCAGCCAUUGUUGGCAGUGUUGGUCCAACUUUAGCAAAAUUGCCUGAUUUUUCAGCUGGCAGUAAUCAUUCAAAUAUGUCUUUGGCUACAAGUUCAUUGAACUAUGCUAAAUGCAUCCUGCGAAUGCAUAUAACUUGUUUGUGCUUGCUUAAGGAAGCCUUGGGAGAACGCCAAAGCCGUGUAUUUGAGAUUGCUCUUGCAAUGGAAGCUUCUACUGCUCUUGCUGGAGUUUUUGCUCCAAGUAAAGCAUCUCGAGCACAGUUUCAAAUGUCUCCUGAAACCCUUGAUACCGGUACUGUUUCCAAUGAUGUUGCGAACAACACUAGUAAACUUGUGGUUGCAAGAACAACAAAAAUUAGUGCUGCUGUUUCUGCACUUCUUGUUGGUGCAAUUAUAUGCGGUGUUACCAGCCUGGAAAGAAUGGUAACCAUACUCAGAUUAAAGGAGGGCCUGGAUGUUGUGCAAUUUGUAAGAAGCACAAGAUCCAAUUCAAAUGGGAAUGUGCGUUCAGUUGGGGCUUUUAAGGUGGAUAGUUCAGUUGAAGUUCAUGUCCAUUUGUUUAGAUUGCUUGUUGGGAAUUGCAGAACCAUCUGUGAAGGCUUAGUGGUGGAUCUCUUGGGUGAACCAUCCAUUGUCGCUCUUUCAAGGAUGCAGCGCAUGCUUCCACUAACUUCGGUCUUUCCACCUGCCUAUUCAAUAUUUGCUUUUGUUAUGUGGCGGCCCUUUGUUAUGAAUGCCAAUGUAGCAGUUCGUGAAGACAUGAAUCAACUUUAUCAAUCUGUAACAAUGGCCAUAAGUGAUGCAAUCAAACAUUUGCCGUUCAGAGAUGUAUGCUUAAGAGAUUGUCAGGGUCUUUAUGAUCUUAUGGCUGCGGAUAUGAGUGAUGCAGAGUUUGCAAGAUUGCUUGAGUUGAAUGGCUCUGAUAAGCAUUCAAAAUCUGUGGCAUUUGUUCCCAUCCUUGCUAGACAUUUUCUAAAUGCCAUGAUCGAUUGUAAGAUGCCACAAUCUAUUUAUACAAAGGAUGAUGGAAGCCGGAAUUCUGGACAUGGUGAAUCUAAAAUUGAUUUUACAAAUAGUGAAUCUACACUUAAGGACAAGCUUGUAGAUGUGUUAGAUUCUCUGCAGCCUGCCAAGUUUCACUGGCAAUGGGUUGAACUCAGGCUGCUUUUAAAUGAACAAGCCCUUGUUGAAAAACUUGGGGCACAUGAUAUGUCUUUAGCUGAUGCUAUACAGUUGUCCUCACCUAGUUCAGAGAAGGGUGCUGCUUCUGAGAAUGAGAACAAUUUUAUUGAAAUAAUACUCACAAGGUUACUAGUGAGACCUGAUGCUGCACCCCUUUACUCGGAGUUGGUUCAUCUUUUUGGGAAGUCACUAGAGGAUUCAAUGUUGUUACAGGCUAAAUGGUUCCUUGGAGGUCAAGAUGUCCUCUUUGGUCGGAAGACCAUUAGGCAACGGCUAAUUAACAUUGCAGAGAAUAAACGAUUUUCUGUUAAGACACAGUUUUCAGAACCCUGGGGUUGGUGCAUCCCUGUUGAUUCUGUGCCUCUUGAAGAAGGAGAAGUUGUUGAAGAGGGGACAGAUGCGAAAAGGCCCAUAAAAGCGUUCUCUCAAGUGCUUAACUCUGAAAGCUCAACCAGUAAGCAGCAGCAUGGGACGGAGAGGGCUCUUCUUCAGUUAAUUCUUCCUUGCAUAGAUCAAAGCUCUGAUGAAUCUCGUAAUUCUUUUGCAAGCGAUUUGAUCAAACAAUUAAAUUAUAUUGAGCAGCAAAUAGCUGUAGUUACUCGAGGACCAAAGCCACCAGCAAGUACUCCUGUCAGUGAAGGUCAAACAAAUAAAGUAAAUAGCCGCAAAGCUACAAGAGGUGGCAGCCCUGGGUUAGCCAAACGACCAACACCUGCACCAGAUUCUUCCCCACCUUCUCCUGCUGCUUUACGAGCUUCAAUAUCUUUACGUGUGCAGUUACUCAUGAGAUUUCUUCCUAUUCUUUGCACAGACGGGGAGUCCUCUGUACGGAGUGUGAGAUACACACUUGCCUUUGUAAUUCUUCGUCUCCUUGGCAGCCGGGUUGUGCAUGAGGAUGCAGUGGUAAAUGCCAUGCACCAUUCUUCAUCGAGAAGGGAGGUGGAGUCACCUGCUGAAGCUGCUUUUGUAGAUUCUUCUACUGAGGGCUUGUUUGAUCGUCUGUUGUUGAUUUUGCAUGGAUUGUUGAGUAGUUCUCCUCCAUGUUGGCUUAGGUUGAAACCUGUUUCAAAGACAACUAAUGAACCUAAAAGGGAAUUUUCUGGAUUUGAACGUGAGCCUUUGGAGGCAUUGCAGAAUCACCUUGAUAAUAUGCAACUGCCAGACACUAUCCGUGGGCGUAUCCAAGCAGCAAUGCCUGUGCUCCCUCCCUCUAUUCGGUGCUCUUUCUACUGCCAGCCGCCAACUGUACCAGUUUCCGCACUUGCUUCUCUUCAAUCCAACACUACAAGUUCAGGGUUUAACUCCAGCAGUCCAACUAUCCCUCAUAGGAACCUGGUUCCAUCAUCAAGGACUCCAGCAUCAGGGAAGUCAAAACAGCAGGACAAUGAUUCAGACGUCGUUGACCCUUGGAUGCUUUUAGAAGAUGGCGCUGGAUCUUGCCCGUCUGCAAGUAAUACUACUAUCAUGGGAAGUGGUGACCGUGCUAAUAUUCGUGCUGCAAGCUGGCUUAAAGGGGCUGUAAGGGUGCGACGAACAGACCUUACAUAUGUUGGUGCUGUGGAUGAGGAUAGUUGAUUAAAAGAUUUUUGAAUUUGAUUGGCUUGGAGUAUGCAAUCCCCUCAUCAAGUGUAUUUGUUGAUUCCAUGUCUCAUGUCUAUAAUUGAUGGCAUGAAUAUGAUGGCAUUUUGUGCUUGCCCUUCUUGUGUUGAAGGGAAGUUGAGGGGACAUCGAUUUGAGAAACAGGUGAAGGGGGGAUGUCGUCUUUGGUGACGAAAAGUGAAGGUUGUCCUGGCCUCGUUGACUACUAACCUGUUGAUCCCCCCCACACCCUGGACUUGUGCCUUCCAGACACAGUUCAGUGGUUCGUUGUAAAUAUAUGAUCAUUGUUUCAACUUUUCCAAUUUAUUUGAAAAUAUAUAUCAAGCGAUCUGUAGUUCCCUUCUAAUUCAUGUCUCAACGUGUAAAGUUCAGUCUAUCUUUUAUUUGAAAAUAUAUAUCCAGUGAUCUGUAGUUGUUCUCUUAUAAUUCAUGUCUCAAGUCUCAACAAGUUCAGUGUA